AUGGCUUUCAUACAAGAUCUUCAAAAGAAAUUGAUGGAGUUAUAUAAAGAUUUUCCCGAAGAAAUUGAUAAUGUUCAUAUUCAACUGACACCAAACAGUUAUAAUAUUAGUACCCAAGAGCAAAAUAUUAAUGUGUCUACUGCAGAUAUUAAGAAAAACCACUUUACUCCUUAUCUUCUUGAUUUAUUUAAUGCCGAAGUGGAUUUUGACUUUGGACUGUAUGUCGAGACUGACCUUAAGAAACUAUUACGAUAUUCUGAGAAUGUUAAUAAUCCCAAUGGUAAACGAAUACUUGCCUAUUCUUUAAUUGAAACGCGAAUUAAUCAAUUACAACAAACUACAAUGAAAAAGGAGCUUCAAAAACAAUUGGGAAGAUACAGUUCCCAAAACAUCGCUCGCCUCAAACAAAUUUCAAAAAGAUCAUAUAGAUUAUUGCAGGAAGUAAAUGAAUUCCCUAUUAAACUGACCGAACUCGUGACACCUCGCUGGUUAUAUAAUUUAUCCAAAAGAGAAUUUGAAGUAUUUUUACAGAAAUGUAAUAGGAUGAAUAAUUUAGAACAGAAUUUCGCAGGAGCUCAAGAUUAA